AUGCUCAUCCGCCUGAACGGUGUGGAGUACAGUGUGUACAAUGUAACGGACAAGUACGAGCAGUUGCGUGCCAUGCAGCAGGCAGCCUACGCGCAGAUGGACGAGAGAGUGUCGACCUCCGACCUGUCCACAGACGACAGCAGCGGCACACAACACAGCAAAUUCGGCGACGAUGACGCACAGGCAAAACUCGAUAGAGCCGCUGAGGAGUUUGUGGCGGGCAU